CUGAUCGCGAUCUUUUGAUCUCAAGCCCAUCAUGGCCCAAAUCAAGCCCAUUUAAAGUUUACUCCUCGACCAGCCGCGGCGACGGGUCUGAAGAGAGAGAAUAAUGGAGGGGAAAGAAGACGACAGGAAGGGCUCCGCCGCCGCCGGCAGCUCAGCGCCGGGGGCGAGAUUCAAGAACCUGGUGUCCAGGGAAUACUACAGCCACAAGAAGAAGGUGCACUCUGUAGCCUGGAACUGCAUAGGAACAAAGCUUGCUUCAGGCUCAAUUGAUCACACUGCACGUGUCUGGAGCAUUGAUCCCCACGGCCAUUCCAAGGUUAAAGACAUUGAACUGAAAGGCCACACAGAUAGUGUAGAUCAGUUAUGCUGGGAUCCAAAGCAUCCUGACACAGUUGCUACUGCAGCUGCUGACAAGUCGAUUCGCCUUUGGGACGCACGAAGUGGGAAAUGCCAAGUUGUUGAACUUAGUGGAGAAAACAUCAACAUCACAUACAAACAUGACGGGACUCACAUUGCUGUUGGAAAUAAGGUUUACAAUAACAGAACAUGGGAGGAUGAGCUGACCAUAGUGGACGUUCGGAAGCUAAAACCGAUUCACAAACAAAAGUUUCCUUAUGAGAUCAAUGAGAUUGCAUGGAAUAAAACUGGAGAUUUAUUCUUCAUCACUACUGGACUUGGAUUUGUCGAAGUGGUUAGCUAUCCUUCUCUUGAUGUUGUCUGCAAACUAAAUGCUCAUACAGCAGGAUGCUAUUGCAUUGCAAUGGAUCCCCUUGAUAGGUAUUUUGCUGUUGGAAGUGCAGACUCACUUGUCAGUCUUUGGAAUGUGAAAGAGUUGCUAUGCAUUAAAACCUUCACAAAACUUGAGUGGCCUGUAAGAACAGUUAGCUUCAAUCACACUGGAGAAUUUAUUGCAUAUGCCAGUGAAGAUCCUUUCAUUGACAUUGCCAAUAUUCAGACUGGACGAUCAAUUCAUCAGAUACCAUGCAAGGCAGCUAUGAAUAGUGUUGAAUGGAACCCUAAAUACAACCUCCUGGCUUAUGCAGGAGACGACAAGAAUAAGUACCAGGCUGAUGAAGGUGUUUUCCGAAUAUUUGGCUUUGAAAGCACAUGAUCUGGUGCUGAGGAGAUUGCCAUCAGCAAGUUCUCUCUGUAGAUUCAGUUGCUUGGCCUUCUAAUGUUUGGCCGGCUUAAAUGAGGUUGUUUGGUUAGAGGGGUAGAACCGGUUGCUCCAUCACCCACCUCGUGCUUCAUUACCGUAAAGCUAAUUCCCUUAAUGAGGGAUGAUUAGGCCAUCUCACCAAGAUUUAGAGAAUGAUCCCACCAAACAUCCAACAACUGAACUGUUUUGUAACUGUUUUGUUGUAUUGUAUCUUAUGUCACUCAAGAUCUGAAUGAAAUAUUAGGAGCGAUUUUUCUUGCAUUGUAAUUAAAUAAUAUUUUUAUGUACUACCAUUAGAUGCACAUGUGACCAAUUUAAUUCUGUAAUUCUUAUAUGAUCUUUUUAGAUGCA